AAGUCAAGACGAGGGAAGUUUAUGAGGAGAAAAGACGUGAUUUUCGCGUUUCUUGGAGGAUUUAAAAACGAAAAUCUUGCCUGCAAUCAGAAGUACUGCCCGCAUUUUUACCGCGAGGAGGUGACUCGUUAUUACUUCGGACUGUUUCAUCCACGUCCAUAAAGUGAUUGAGACCUUCAGUGAAGCUCCUCCUACAACAAUCCACUUUGCUGGAGUCAAACACACAGAGAAAUCACUCCAUGUGUGACAACUGAAAUCUUCAUGACAUAAUGUUGAUGUUGGUGAAAGAGGAGCUUGAGAAGAUGACAGAUCCACAACCAUGCAGAAUAAAGGAUGAAGAUACUGAGGAACAAAUAGAUAUGAUGGAAGUGAAAGAGGAGAGUCAAGCUGAAGUGGAUGAGAAACAUCAGAUUGUAAAAAUAAACCAUAAUGUUUCACAGAAAGAAACUCUGAAGACAGAAGACAUAAAGUGUGAAAAUAGUUUCAGUGAAGAUGAACGCCCGGCAGAUCACAAGUGGACUCACACCGGAGAGAAACCUUUCACAUGUCAACAGUGUGGAAAGAGUUUCAGAUAUGAAAGUAAACUUGAGGCUCAUGUGAGAAGUCACAUUAAAGAAAAACCACACUCGUGCCAUGAGUGUGAAAGGAGUUUUAAAUCUGCAAGUUAUCUUAAGAUGCACAUGAGGUCUCACACUGGAGAGAAAACGUAUGCAUGUCAACAGUGUGGAAAGAGUUUCAGAACAAAAUGGCACCUCAAUGUACAUGUGAGGAUUCACACUGGAGAGAAGCCACAUUUGUGCCAUCAGUGUGGAAAGAGUUUUAUAACUGCAAGUGACCUUAAGAAACAUUCAAGAGUUCACACUGAAGAGAAACCUUACAAGUGUCAACAGUGUGGAAAGAAUUUCACCUUUAAAUCUGACCUUACCAAGCACAUAAAAAAUCACAGAGGGGAAAAGCCACACGGGUGCCAUCAAUGUGACAAGAGUUUUCCAAAUAGAAGUCAACUUAAGAUUCACAUUAGACUUCACACUGGAGAGAAACCUUACACUUGUCAUCAAUGUGGAAAGGGUUUCAGAACAAAACCUCACCUUAACGUACACAUGAGGAUUCACACCGGAGAGAAACCACACGUGUGCCAUCAGUGUGGAAAGAGUUUUAUAACUGCAGGUAAACUUAAGAUACAUUUGAGUAUUCACACUGGAGAGAAACCUUACAUUUGCUCUCAGUGUGAAAAGAGUUUUACAAAUAAAGGAAAUCUUAAGACACACAUGACACUUCACACUGGAAAAAAACCGUUUACAUGUCUUCAGUGUGGAAAGAGUUUUACAAAGAACUGUGACCUUAAAAGACACAUGAUAACUCACACCGGAGAGAAACCGUUUACUUGUCAUCAGUGUGGAAAGAGUUUUGCAAUAAAAUUUGACCUUAAUGCACACAUGAGAAUUCACACCGGAGAGAAACCAUACUUGUGUCAACAGUGUGGAAAGAGUUUCAGGACAAAACCAAAUCUUAAUGUACAUUUAAUCACUCACACUGAAGAGAAACCGUUCACAUGCCAUGAGUGUAAAAAGAGUUUCAAAACAAAAGGUACCCUUAAAAGACACGCAAGAUUUGAGGAGAGUCAAGCUGAAGUGGAUAAGAAACAUCAGAUUGUAAAAAUAAACCAUAAUGUUUCACUGAAAGGAACUCUGAGAACAGAAGACAUGAAGUGUGAAACGAGUUUCCGAAAAUGCGGUCGCCCUGCAGAUCACAAGAGGACUCACAGUGAGGACAAACCUUUCACAUGUCAACAGUGUGGAAAGAGUUUCAGAACAAAAGCUCACCUUAAAGAACACAUGAGGACUCACAGUGAGGAGAUACCUUUUACAUGUCAACAGUGUGGAAAGAGUUUCAGAUCUAAAAGUAAACUUGAGGCUCACCUGAGAACUCACAAUGGAGAGAAACCGUACAUGUGCCAUCUUUGUGGAAAUGGUUUCACACUUAAAUCUAGCCUUAAGGAUCACAUGCUUAUUCACACUGGAGAAAAACCUUACACAUGUCAACAGUGUGGAAACAGGUUCAAGGUUAAAUCUAGCCUUAAGAAUCACAUGAGAAUUCACACUGGAGAGAAACCACACGUGUGCCAUGAGUGUGGAAACAGUUUUACAUCUGCAGGUAACCUUAAGAAACAUUCAAGAACUCACACUGGAGAGAAACCAUACACGUGUCAUCUUUGUGGAAACCGUUUCGCUGCUGAAUUUAGCCUUAAGAAACACAUGAGAAUUCACACUGGAGAGAAACCAUACACGUGUCAACAGUGUGGAAAGAGUUUUAAAUCUUCAAGUGACCUUACGAGACAUGUGAAAAUUCACAGUGGAGAGAAACCACAUGCGUGCCAUGAGUGUGGAAAGACUUUUGCAUUUAUAAGUUACCUUAAGAAACACAUGAUAACUCACACUGGAAAAAAAACGUUCAAAUGUCUUCAGUGUGGAAAGAGUUUCAGAACAAAAGCUAGCCUUGAGAUUCACAUGAGACUUCACACUGGAAAAAAACCGUUCAAAUGUCUUCAGUGUGGAAAGAGUUUCACAACAAAAGCUAGCCUUGAGACUCACAUGAGGCUUCACACUGGAGAGAAACCGUUUGCAUGUCCUCAUUGUGGAAAGAGUUUUAUGUGGGAAACAAGUCUCAGAAAUCACCAGCGCUUACAUUCUGAAGAAAAGACAUUCAACUCUUCUAUAAUGUUGAUGCUGGUGAAAGAGGAGCUUGAGAAGAUGACAGAUCCACAACCAUGCAGAAUAAAGGAUGAAGAUACUGAGGAACAAAUAGAUAUGAUGGAAGUGAAAGAGGAGAGUCAAGCUGAAGUGGAUGAGAAACAUCAGAUUGUAAAAAUAAACCAUAAUGUUUCACAGAAAGAAACUCUGAAGACAGAAGACAUAAAGUGUGAAAAUAGUUUCAGUGAAGAUGAACGCUCUGAAGAUCACAAGAGGACUCACAGUGAGGAGAAACCUUUCACAUGUCAACAGUGUGGAAAGAGUUUCAGAAGAAAAGUUUACCUUAAAACACACAUGAGGAUUCACAGUGAGGAGAAACCUUACACAUGUCAACAGUGUGGAAAGAGUUUCACCUUUCAAUCGAACCUUAACCGGCACAUAAAAACUCACAGUGGGGAAAAGCCACACGUGUGCCACCAUUGUUACAAGAGUUUCCCAAAUAAAAGUCAACUUAAGAUACACAUGAGGACUCACACUGGAGAGAAACCUUACACAUGUCAACACUGUGGAAAGAGUUUCAGUGUUAAAUCGAACCUUAACCACCACAUGAAAGCUCACAGGGGGGAAAAGCCUUUCAGAUGUCAACAGUGUGGAAAGAGUUUCAGCUUUCAAUCCAGCCUUAUCCGGCACAAGAAAACUCACAGUGAGGAGAAACCUUUCACAUGUCAACAGUGUGGCAAGAGUUUCAGAACAAAAUGGCACCUUAACGAACAUGUGAGGAUUCACACUGGAGAGAAACCACAUUUGUGCCAUCAGUGUGGAAAGAGUUUUUCAACUGCAAGUGACCUUAAGAAACAUUCAAGGGUUCACACUGGAGAGAAACCAUUCACUUGUCAUCACUGUGGAAAGGGUUUUACGAUGAAAUAUGACCUUAAUGCACAUGUGAGAAUUCACACUGAAGAGAAACCAUACUUGUGUCAACACUGUGGAAAGAGUUUCAGGACAAAACCAAACCUUAAUGUACAUUUGAGAACUCACACUGAAGAGAAACCGUUCACAUGCCAUGAGUGUAAAAAGAGUUUCAAAAGAAAAGCUGCCCUUAAGAAACACAUGAGAAUCCACACUCAAUAAAAACCAUUCAUGUGUCAACAGUGUGGAUAUGGCAACAAAGUUUAUAAAUCAACUAAGAUCUUGUGAAUAAAACUGUCUGGAGGAUCCUUACUAAAAGUCUACAUGCGCACAAAAGCCCAAGAUGUCUGUCCUUGUGUUCUUGUAGACUUGUGAAACCUCAUCAGUCGUGGCCCAAGUACUGUUCCAAUUCCAAGUUCACAUCAAGUCAAGUUCACAUAACAUCUCAGGAUGUGUUCUUGAUCCGCUCAUUUUAUCGAGGAUGCAUCAGGAUGUAACUUGUGUGGAUGUAUGAUAGACAAGUUUCCCAGAAUGCAUUUCACAUCAACAGCAUUGAAGCUUAAUACCUGCAAAAUGUUUGAAAUAUUACUCUUUCUGUGUCAUAAAAUGUAGCCGUUUAGUCGGGAAUAUAGUUGAAUAAACUUUAAAGCUGUGGUCAGUUAGUAAAUAAAGCGCCUAUAUUAACAUUUCCUCUGAUGAUUUUGGAUAUUUGAGUUCAAGUUGAUCAGCAGGCCGUCAGUGCUGUGUACACCGCCGAGGGCAGGCUUCUCUCAGCAAGUUCUACUGAAAUUUGCUGCUGUUUUAAGUGUAGCUGCUCUGGCCUUCAGUGUCUGAUCAUUAAACAUGAAAUAUUCCCUUUGGAAUCACGGUAAUUUCAGUUGUUUGUUGUGGUGACAAUAAAAAUGACGAUAAAUUAUUCACUUUUGUAAAAUAUCAGAUUAGGUUUAUGUUCCAGUGACUGUGCUGAAAAACAUCACACAACAACAAUUACACAAUAAUAAUUCAAAUCAAUUACCGUAUUUUCCUGACUAUAAGUUGCACUUUUUUUCACAGUUUGGCUGGUCCUGUGACUUAUAGUCAGGUGCAACUUAUAUGUCAAAAUAAAUUCAUACUGGCUAACCAGAACCAAAAGAAAACAUUACGUCUACAGCCACGAGAGGGUGGUAUAUGUUGCUCCUGUAGCCUCCCCCAGAAAAAAACUGCUAACUGAAACAUUAACUUAAAGACAAUGGAGAAAGACUUAACAAACAAAAAUGCCCCCCAAAAGAAUAAUAAUUUUCUAAAUAGAUGCGACUUAUAGUCCAGUGUGACUUAUAUAUGUUUUUUUCCUCUUCAUGAUGCAAUUUUUGACUGAUGCGACUUAUACUCCGGAGCGACUUAUAGUCCGGAAAAUACGGUACAAGUUUAAAAUGUAAACACAGAUUCUGUAUUUAUUUAUACUCUCAUGGUGCAAAAAUAGUGCAAACAGGAAAAGUAACAAUGUCUUUAGAUGUGUUUCAACAUUACAACAGAGUACAACUGCAAAUAAAUCCUGAUAAAGUAACAAACAUGUUAAAGUAACCUGAUAAAGUAAAGAAGUUCAGUGUGAAACAGUCAAUAAUCCCUUUACAUACAGUCUUUACUGGUAAUUUACUGGUAAAUUGCAGUUAACAGGUCAUGUGUAAACAGUCAGUACUCCCAAUUAACCAGUAAGACAGGUUUUAAGAUUACCAGUAAUUUACCAGUAAGUGCUAUUUGUGAACGAAAAACAUAGGAUUACCGGCAUUUAGAGCAGACGACGUCAGACAGCGCUGACAGCUUCGGGCCAAUCAGAACGUUUUUUUAUAGAUGACGCGUUAACGCCCACAUUGUUUACAGAGCUUUCCAAACAUGUGCUGCUUAAAAGUCAAGCACACCUUAAGUUAACAUCCACAUUUCUUCACCAAAGUUGUUUCAAACAGCUUACCAUCUAUUUGCCAAAUUGCAGACGGCCCCUAUUGCAGCCUAGGCGGAUAUGCAGCGAAUAUCAAACCUAAAACUAACUUUUCCUGGCUCCUCUGUGAAGCCUACACAGGUUCCUUUGACGCCGCAAUGCUGUUUGGUCACAAGCAACUUCACGACCGCCUUCCGCCAUGUUUGUUUUCACUCCGCACGUGAAAAGUAAAUUCGGUCACGCACAAACUACCUCAUCAACUAGAUUUAUCGUUGUUAUCGUCAGGCAACAGAUUUUCAUCGCGAAGAGAAAUUUUGGCAGUAUUUCGCAAACGAUAAGAUAUUCGUUCUACUUUGGAUAUACACUAUAUUGCCCAAAGUUUUGGGACACCGUUUCAAAUCAUUGAAUUUAGGUGUUUCAAUCACUUCUAGUGAAAGGAACUCUUAAUGCUUCAUCAUACCAAGACAUUUUGGACAAUUUCAUGCUCCAACUUAGUGGUAACAGUUUAGGGAUGGCUCUUUCCUUUUCCAAAAUGACUGUGCACCAGUGCACAAAGCAAAGAGCGAGUGUGCAGAAACUUGACUGGCCUGCACAGAGUCCUGACCUCAUCCCAGUAGAAUAUCUUUUGGAUGAAUUAGAGCAGAGACUACGAGCGAGGCCUUCAUCAGUGUCUUACAAAUGUGCUUUUAGAAGAAUAGUCAAAAUUUCCCAUAAACGCACUCCUAAACCUUGUAGAAAGUCUUCCAAGAAGAGUUGAAGCUGUUAUAGCUGCAAAGGGUGGACAAAACUCCAAAUUAAACCAUAUAUAUUGGAUUAAGAAUAUAAAGGCAGGUGUCCCAAAACUUUUGGCAACAUCUAACUGGCAUUUGGUCUCAUCAAUUCUCUUUAUUAUUCAUUUGAAGUCUGUUAUUUGUUAUUAUCGUUUUAACUGAUGUUAAAGUUAAGUUUCAUAACUUAAAUCACAUAUAUUUGCUAUAGAAUCUUAACACUGAAUCACUGCCUUUUGUACUUAAACUACAUUUUUUUGUGUUUACUUCAUGUUGUACAAAAGUUUUGUACAUUUAGUGAAUGGUUUAUCAUAUUUCAUUUUGUAAUAAAUACAUUGAAGCUAA